AUGGCUACACAGAAACCGGGCGAGUGGGCCAACUCACUGUUGGCCCGUUUCGAGGAGCAGCUUCCUUAUCGCACUGGCCCACACGGCACCCAGGCGCGGCUCAGCAUUGACGAAACGAUGAACUGCUUGAUUCAGAUAUCCCGCUAUCGGUUUUCGCUGGUGAUCUCGGGUCUGACAAAAAUGUUGCAGCGCGUCAACGAAAUUUUCAUAAUCUUACAGUUUCAACCGCCUGCCUGUCGCGGUCAUGAGCCGGAACGCUGCUGCUACGAUUCGCUGAUCAUCAUCCUGGAGACACUCGAACGGUGUCUAUCCGGUCAGUCAAAGGAUACGGCCCGCUUUGAGGAGGCCAUGAACGUCAAGUUGCUGCUCCGAGAAAUAUGCCAGUUUAUCGACAUUCAAAAUGAGAACAAUCAAAAUGCCACCUCACUGAAGGCGCUCGCCUCGAAGGUGCUAUUUGCGUUAUCGCAAAACCACUUCGGAGCGGUGUUCAAUCGCAUCUCGGCUCGGUUGCAGGAGCUGAGUACCUGUGCCGAGGAAAACCCUGAUUAUAGCGACAUCGAGCUGAUCCAGCACAUCGAUCUGGACGUGCAUCGUUUGACGAAACUACUCACUGAAACGAUCCAGAAGUUCAAAUCGCUAAAGAAAUCCGCACACAUGAUCCUGCUCAGCUCGCUCGAGAAAGCGCUCUGGAAUUGGAUCGAGUUUCACCCGAAGGAGUUCGAGGAUCUGCAGCGCAACCCAAAUGACGAGCUGAGCAAGUGCUGCGAAACGUUCUUCGACAUACUGGAUUCAUACUCAGAGAACAAGAAGGCACGGGCCGCCGUCUGGCCGUUGCAGAUUAUGUUACUGAUACUCAGCCCGAAAGUGUUGGAAGAGAUCGUGAAUGCGGACUCGGGAGCGCCAUGCUCGCCAAGGCACCUCAAAAAGAAACACUUCAUGGAAGGCAUCAAGAAAGGACUCGGAACGCACGCCUCCUCGAAGCAGUCAACCGAGUCGGCGGCUAUUGCAUGCGUGAAGUUGUGCAAAGCGUCCACAUACAUCAACAUCAAUGAUUCGAACAACGUCACCUUCCAGCUGGUGCAGAGCGUAAUCAACGACCUGAAGGCGUUACUGUUUAACCCUGCGAAACCGUUCUCCCGCGGACAGGGCUUUAAUUUCCAGGACAUCGAUCUCAUGAUAGACUGCUGGGUGUCUUGCUUCCGCAUUAAACCGCACAACAACGAGGCGCUGAAGGUGUGCCUCAGUCUCAACUCGCCACCGGCUUACCAUUUUGUGAUCGUUAGCUCGCUGUUGAAAAUCGUCACUCAAGCUCGUUUGCCCUGGUGGCCACAGAUUGAUCUCGUAUACGCUCGAUCGGGCGAGCUGCGAGGUCUCUUUACGGACACGUUGAACAAAGCUACCCAGGGUUACAUCGCGCACACUCCGCUGCGUAUGAUCACGUCACUGACGCUCAAAUCCAAAGACGCCCAAAGUCGCCUGACCCGGCCUGAUGAGGGACCGGCUCAUAAGGCGCUGCUGUUGCUGAUGGUGCGCUUGAUCCAUGCCGAUCCCAUGCUGCUGCUAAACAGCCUAGGAAAAGCAGGCCACGAAGUGCAAAGCUCAACGUUGGAGCUAAUCAACGGACUCGUGUCUCUCGUACAUCAACCAACGAUGCCAGACGUCGCGCAGGAAGCGAUGGAAGCUCUGCUCGCGCUUCACUCGCCCGAUAAGAUCGAGGUAUGGAACCCAGAGGCUCCGAUCAACACUUUCUGGGACGUCAGCUCACAGGUGUUGUUCUCGAUCUCGCAAAAGCUAAUCCAGCACCAGAUUGCGAACUACACGGAUGUGCUCAAGUGGCUCCGGGAGAUUCUGAUCUGCCGCAAUACCUUCCUGCAGCGGCACAAAGAUUACGCGAAUGUGGGCAGCCAGAUUGCGAUCUGCCGUCAGGCGCACAUCAAACUUGAGGUCGUGUUUUUCAUGUAUCUUUGGUCGGUCGAUCUCGACGCGGUGAUGGUGUCUCUGUCGUGCUUCGGGCUUCUGUGCGAAGAAGCCGAAAUACGGUCCGGAUCGGACGAGCUGACGGUGGGCUUCAUUCUGCCGAACUACCACCUCUACCAGGAGCUGUCGCACACGUCGGCAACGCUAACGUCACCGCAAAAUGCCGAAUCACGGUACAGCUUCUUCGAGCACAUGCAUGGCCGUGUGACGCUGCAACGGAACAUCAUGUCCUUGCUACGUAAAAUCGAACACUGCGUCAACGGUGUGCAGCCUGCUUGGGAGGAAACGUUUCGCAACUGGGAGGUCACGAGCAAGCUACUGCAGAACUAUCCCAAAGGCAAGCCUGAAGAGUGCCAGGCAGAAGUUUUCCAUCGCAGCAUGGGCAAGAGACGAGCGAGUCACCAGAGUUCGGAACACGACCUCGAGGAGCAAAUUACCGAGUGGGCCAAUAUGACGUGGUUCCUGCUGGCGCUAGGUGGAGUCUGUCUACAGAAACCGCGCAACCAGCGGCAAGCGGCACAGGGCUACAACCUUCCAAUAGGGACCGCGGGUCCGUCGUUGAUGCAAUCUACGACCUCACUCUCCAGCUCCAGUUCCGGCCGCGGGUCAAUGCAUCCGAUCAUGGGCUCACUGGUGUCGUCGAUUGGUCCGGGCAGCAGCCAAGAAGUGCAGUAUUGCCCCGUGACCCAAUUCAUCGGGCAACUGUUGCGGUUACUCGUGUGCAACAACGAAAAGUUUGGUCCUCAAAUCCAGAAGCACGUGAAGGAGCUGGUCGGGCAGGAGAUGUCUGCCCAACUGUACCCGAUACUGUUCGAUCAGAUCCGUUCGAUUGUGGAAAAAUUCUUCGAUCAGCAGGGUCAGGUGGUCGUAACGGAUAUUAAUACCCAGUUCAUCGAGCACACGAUUUACAUCAUGAAGUCUGUGCUGGACGGUCGCCAGAGCAAGGAUCAAAACGAUCAGCCAGCCAACGCGGAACAUCUCGGUGUCACGAGCAUCGAAAAUCUAAUGCUAGCGAUCGUGCGCUAUGUGCGCCAUCUCGACAUGACCGUGCACGCUAUCCACAUUAAAACGAAGCUCUGCCAGCUGGUGGAGGUGAUGAUGAAACGACGGGACGAUCUUGCCUUCCGACAGGAGAUGAAGUUCCGCAACAAGUUAGUGGAGUACCUGACCGAUUGGGUCAUGGGUACGUCUCAUCAAAUCGCACCGCCCGGUUCGGGUGAUGUGACCGUUAUUACGCGAGAUCUCGACCAAGCGUGCAUGGAAGCGGUGGCAGCGUUGCUGCGAGGUUUGCCGCUACAACCGGAAGAGUCCGAUCGGGGUGAUCUGAUGGAUGCGAAGAGCGCACUGUUCCUGAAGUACUUUACGCUCUUCAUGAACCUGCUGAACGAUUGCGUGGACGGUUCCGAGGCGGACAAGGAUACGAACAAUCCGCCACUUUUACCACCACGUCCACGAGUUGCGGCCGGAAAGCUAACAGCUCUCCGGAACGCAACGAUCCAGGCCAUGUCGAACUUGCUGAGCGCAAACAUUGAUUCUGGGCUGAUGCAUUCGAUCGACUUGGGAUACAAUCCGGAUCUGCAAACGCGAGCCGCAUUCAUGGAGGUGCUAACACAGAUCCUGCAGCAAGGAACGGAGUUUGACACGCUCGCUGAGUCGGUGAUGGCGGAUCGAUUCGAGCAGCUGGUGCAGCUGGUGACGAUGAUCAGUGACAAAGGUGAGCUGCCCAUUGCGAUGGCGCUGGCUUCGGUCGUUACCACCUCGCAGAUGGACGAACUGGCUCGCGUAUUGGUUACACUGUUCGACGCUAAACAUCUCCUUUCGCCACUCCUGUGGAACAUGUUUUAUCGCGAGGUGGAAGUUUCCGACUGCAUGCAAACGCUUUUCCGCGGGAACUCGCUCGGGAGCAAGAUUAUGGCGUUCUGUUUUAAGAUUUACGGUGCGAGCUAUUUGCAGGGGCUACUGGAACCGUUAAUACGUCCGCUGCUUGACGAACCAACGAGCAGUUUCGAGGUGGAUCCUGCUCGACUCGAGCCAAGUGAGGAUAUCGAAGAGAACCGCAAGAAUCUGAUCGCACUAACGCAGAAAGUGUUCGAUGCGAUUGUCAACUCGGCCGAUCGCUUUCCGCCGCAGCUCCGGUCGAUGUGCCACUGUUUGUACCAAGUACUGAGUAAGCGGUUCCCAAAUUUGUUGCAGAAUAACAUCGGUGCCGUGGGUACGGUCAUCUUUUUGCGCUUCAUCAAUCCAGCGAUCGUUUCGCCUCAGGAGCUCGGCAUCGUCGGUAAGCAGGUGCCAACUCAAAUCAAACGGGGCCUAAUGUUGAUGUCGAAAAUACUGCAAAACAUCGCCAACCACGUCGAGUUCUCUAAGGAGCAGCAUAUGCUUUGCUUCAACGAUUUUCUGCGCGCACAUUUUGAAGCCGGCAGGCGGUUCUUCAUCCAGAUCGCGUCCGAUUGCGAAACGGUCGAUCAAACAUCACACAGCAUGAGCUUCAUCUCGGAUGCGAACGUGUUGGCGCUACAUCGGUUACUUUGGUCGCACCAGGAACGCAUCGGUGACUAUCUAUCGAGCAGCCGGGAUCACAAAGCGGUCGGUAGGCGUCCGUUUGAUAAGAUGGCAACGCUGCUCGCUUAUCUGGGUCCGCCGGAACACAAACCAGUGGAUUCGCAUCUGCUCUUCUCGUCCUACGCGCGCUGGAGCUCGAUCGACAUGUCGUCGACGAACUUCGAGGAGAUUAUGGUGAAGCACCAGAUGCACGAGAAGGAAGAGUUCAAGACACUCAAGUCGAUGAACAUCUUCUACCAGGCCGGCACGAGCAAGGCAGGCAACCCGGUUUUCUAUUACAUCGCUCGCCGUUACAAGAUCGGUGAAACGAAUGGUGAUCUGUUGAUUUACCAUGUGAUCCUUACGCUGAAACCCUUCUGUCACUCACCGUUUGAGGUUGUAAUCGAUUUCACGCACACCUGCUCUGAUAACCGCUUCCGCACCGAGUUCCUGCAGAAGUGGUUCUACGUGCUGCCGGAAGUGGCGUACGAGAAUCUGUACGCGGCUUACAUCUACAACUGCAACUCCUGGGUGAGGGAGUACACCAAAUUUCACGAUCGUAUUCUGGCUCCACUGAAGGGCUGCCGGAAGUUGAUAUUCCUCGAUUCACCGGCGAAGCUGAACGACGUGAUCGAUCCCGAGCAGCAGAAACUGCCCGGUGCAACACUCUCGCUUGACGAAGAUUUGAAGGUGUUCAAUAACGCACUCAAGCUGAGCCACAAGGACACGAAGGUUGCGAUUAAGGUAGGCCCAACGGCACUGCAGAUCACGUCGGCCGAAAAGACGAAAGUUUUGGCACACUCGGUCCUGCUGAACGAUGUGUACUACGCGUCGGAAAUCGAAGAAGUCUGCCUAGUGGAUGACAACCAGUUUACGCUGUCGAUCGCAAACGAAAGCUCACAGCUCAGCUUCAUCCACAACGACUGCGACAACAUCGUGCAGGCGAUCAUCCACAUUCGCAACCGUUGGGAGCUGAGCCAGCCGGAUUCGGUUACGGUGCAUCAAAAAAUUCGACCAAAGGACGUACCAGGAACCUUGCUUAACAUGGCUCUGCUGAACUUGGGAUCGUCUGAUCCGAACCUACGAACAGCGGCCUACAACCAGCUGUGUGCGCUAACGGCCACGUUCGAUUUGAAGAUCGAGGGUCAACUGCUGGAGACGCAGGGUCUUUGCAUUCCAUCAAACAACACGAUCUUCAUCAAGUCUGUCAGCGAAACAUUGGCCACUAACGAGCCGCAUCUGACGCUCGAGUUUCUGGAGGAGUGCAUCCAGGGUUUCCAGCGCAGUACCAUCGAGCUGAAGCAUUUGUGUCUCGAGUACAUGACACCGUGGCUGGCCAAUCUGGUGCGCUUCUGCAAACCGUCGGAUGAGGGUAAACGGCAGAAGCAGGUGGCGCUGAUCCUCGAGAAACUGAUCAAUCUUACGAUCGAACAGAAGGAGAUGUACCCAUCGAUACAGGCAAAGAUAUGGGGCUCGAUCGGUCAGAUACCGGAGCUGAUCGACAUGGUGCUGGACAACUUCAUACACAAAUCCGUCAGCUCAGGGUUGGGAUCGCCGCAGGUUGAAAUCAUGGCCGACACGGCCGUUGCGCUGGCAUCCGCCAACGUGCAGCUGGUGGCGAAGAAGGUGAUCGGGCGGUUGUGCCGUGUAAUGGACAAAACGUGUCACUCUCCGACGCAGUAUCUCGAACAGCACAUGAUGUGGGACGACAUCGCCAUCCUCGCGCGCUAUCUGCUGAUGUUGUCCUUCAACAACUGCCUCGACGUGGCACGUCACCUGCCGUACCUGUUCCACACGGUCACGUUUCUCGUAUGCACCGGUUCGCUGUCGAUGCGUGCCUCAACUCACGGGCUGGUGAUCAACAUCAUCCACUCGCUCUGUACCUGCACAAAACCGUCCUUUUCGGAGGAAACCCAGCGUGUACUGCGUCUGUCACUGGACGAGUUCUCACUACCAAAGUUCUAUCUGCUGUUUGGCAUCAGCAAGGUAAAGUCGGCUGCUGUGACCGCUUUCCGAUCGUCCUGUCGUCAUCCAAACGAUCGCUGGCUGGGUAACGAGCGUGUAUCGCAGGCUCCACCGGCUGAUCGCGAACGGCUUGCGUUGCCAUCGCUUGAAGUGAUCACUGAGGCGUUGCUGGAAAUCAUGGAAGCUUGCAUGCGCGACAUUCCCGACUGUGAUUGGCUGCAGACGUGGACGUCGUUGGCGAAGAGUUUCGCCUUUUGCUUCAAUCCUGCACUCCAACCCAGGGCACUGAUCGUGUUUGGGUGUAUCUCGAAGAGCAUCACCGAUCAGGACGUGAAGCAGCUGCUUCGGAUCCUGGUCAAGGCGCUCGAGUCCUUUAACGAUAUUAUCCUGCUAGAGGCGCUCGUGAUGUGUCUCACGCGUCUGCAACCACUGCUGCGACCGGAAUCACCCAUCCAUCGGGCACUGUUCUGGGUUGCCGUUAGUGUCCUGCAGCUCGACGAAUCAACGCUGUACGCGGCCGGGUUGGCACUGCUCGAGCAGAAUCUGCACACGCUCAACUCACAGCAGCUGUUCGACAACCAGAACAUCGCCGAUGUUAUGAUGGCCACCCGGGAACCACUUGAGUGGCACUUCAAGCAGCUUGACCAUGCCGUGGGUUUGUCGUUUAAGUCAAACUUCCACUUCGCCCUCGUUGGACAUUUGCUAAAAGGCUUCCGGCAUCCCACGCCAACCACCGUAUCACGCACGUCCCGUGUGCUGACUAUGCUGCUUGGUAUCAUCGCGAAACCGCACCGACGCGACAAGUUUGAGGUGACCCCCGACAGUGUGGCCUAUCUCACCGCGCUCGUCUGCUUCUCGGAGGAGGUACGCUCGCGGUGUCACGUCAAGCAUGCCGUACCGAGAUGGCCAGUCGAAUCAGGAGCUUCCGGUGAUUCAGCCAGCGGCAGCAGCAGCGACCCAUCGGCACCCAACUCGGCCGGUGGUGGACCACUGUCGGGUGGGUCGGGUUCGGCUGGAUCGGGUGCAUCCGGUGGCCAUAGCGUGCGGCGUCAAAAGUCCUGGGAUAUGCUUGACCAGUCGGCCAUCCAAUACGCCCGGCAAUCGCACAAAGUACAACAGCACCAGGAACCGGUGGUAAUACGAGGAAAGUCAUGGAGAAGCCUUGAUUCGGCACACAAUCCGCACCUGGGAAUGAUCAGCCAUUCCUCUUUCGUUACUCACGGUACCACCCCGAACAACAACAACAACAACAACAUGAUCAACAUGAACAACAACACUUCCAACCCCACCAACAACAUCACCACCACAGGCAUGCCCAAUCUCAACAACAGCUCCAUCCUAUCUAACAUCAGCAGCAACACUAACAAUUGCUCCACCGCUAGUAGCCCGUUCGCGGCCAGUCCUGCUACUUCGGCCGGUGCUGGCGGUGCUAUCGGCAUCGGAGCAUACCAGAGCCAGCGGAGCGAUUUCCGGAAUCGCCGCUCGUCCUCCGAACCGGUCAAUCACGGUCAGAUGGUGCUGAUGAACCCGAACAUUGCCAAACUGAUCGCGCUCAAUCAGGGCCACACGCCCGCGUACGGCUAUUACGGCGGAGGUGCUGGCAGCAGUGCGAUUGGAGUCGUUCACGGGACAGCAGCUGUUCAGCAGCAGCAGCUUCCGGUGACUGGCUGCAUCCUGCCACCGCCAGCAUCUCCGCUGCCGUCGUCGGCAUCCGGUGGGGUCGCAACGGACGAAGAGUCUCCGGAACCGGCCGGGGCCAAGCAGGGCGCAAAGGACGAAACCGAGAACUUUAUCGUCGACUGCUUGCAAGACAUAUCAUCGAUCAAAAUUGCACGAAUGCUCUUCAAAACCCACCGAUCCUUCUCCGUUCCAACGACCAAAGAACGCCUGGGUAAAUCGACGCGGAUUGCCAAUCGCCAGAAGGAACGCGGCUCGCGCUCGUCGGUCUCGAACGAGUCCAACGUGCUGCUCGACCCAGAGGUCCUGCCCGAUUCGUCCACGCAAGCGCUCGUCCUGACGGUGCUGGCCACGCUGGUGAAGUACACGACGGACGAGGCGGAAACACGCGUUCUCUACCAGUAUCUAGCGGAAGGUUCGAUUGUGUUCCCGAAGGUGUUCCCAGUGAUUCACUCGCUGCUGGAUCAGAAGGUUAACAACGUGCUAUCGGUGUCGAACGAUCAGAUCGUGCUUGCCUCGGUGCAGAGCAUCAUCCAGAACAUGCUGGCCAGCGAGGAUGCAAGUCAGCAACCGCUGCACUUCCUGCAAAGCUGUGGCUUCGGGGGACUUUGGCGCUUUGCCGGGCCGUUUACCAAGUACAACAUGAUGGUCGAGUCGUCGGAGCUGUUCGUGAACUUCCUCGAGGCGAUGGUCGAAACGUGCCUGCCGGUUGAGGAGAACACCCCGAUGCCACCGUCACCCCGGCCGUACAACCUCAGCUCCAGCCUGAGCAGCCUGACGCUCGGUUCGCCAACCGAUAAAGCAUUCUCAUCAGAAUCCCUAGAUCACGAUGGCUUUAGUGGGAGCGUUAGCUCUUUGCGGCGAGCGUCCUGCAGCAAGGCCCGGACAGGCACAAAGCAUCGUUUCAUAGACAGUCCGACACAUAAUAUCUAGUCAGAGGUCUGGUGGGGCGCUGGCCGGAUACUGCCAUCUCUUAUUGCGGCAGCAGGCCGCGCUGGAGCUACCACCAGCGAUAUCGAACGAUCUCAGCGACGAACAACGAACGAGCGACCGACUUCUUACCGGUCGUCCGAGGGUUUAUAGAGAGCUAUUGAUACGUUUACAAGAAAAUCAUGGAAAAACCGUCAUUAAAUACCGCACGCUACUAAUCACACGCUAUCUGUAACCAGCCGACAUUAACAAGUGUAAACAAAUCGUCUGAAUGUAGAAUUUGGUGUAUCAGUGUGCAUAUUUCACUACAGCCAUGUUUCGCAAAUCAAACGAGAGAGGCGCUUUUGAUGAACGCUGCAGAACUGAAUAUUGGAUUAAUAAUAGUAAUCGAUACAUUUUAUCAUGCACGCACCGCUAGUCAAUACUGUUGCUGCAAGACAUGCCAUUCAUAUUGUAAUCCUUUUGCUGACAACCAACAUCGAACAUAGUUCGCGAUCAAGUAGCCCAGCUCAAUGCUAUCCAGCCUACCCAUCAAUGAUAGUUACUUCGAUAAAAGGUAUAAUGUUCAAAAUGCGCCCAGUGGAUUAUGAUAGGAUGCAUUUUAUUUUCUCAUGCAAGGCUAAUGACACAAGUUUAGUUGAAGUGGCAAGAAACACCCAUACCCAAACUUCACCAAACACCAGCCGUUUGGCUGUGGAAAGGCACAAAAAACGAAAUAUUUUCGAUAGAGAGAUUUAAAAUCUAGUAUAAUGUUAGUGUUGAAUAACUCACGUUGAAUGUAUAUUUUAUAUAUGGAUUCUAUCAAUAAAUGUUUCAGCGCCCUGUAGCAAAUUGUGCCAAAAGGGA